GGCGCCAAAUCCGGGCGGCGGGGCUUGGCGCAGGCGCAGUCGGCGCGUUCGGGCUACGCGCAUGUCAGCGGACCGGUUGGGGUCAGAGGUCGCCUUUAUCUACAAUGGGAAGACGAAGCCAGUGAUCGCAGGUGACGGAUGCGACCGAUGGUGGGGUCGAACGCGGUUGAGCCCGACAGGGUAGGCGAUGCCGGCUUGUCCGUCGUCCCGGGGAGCUCUGCCGCCAUGGUGAGUGCGCUGCCCGAUGCCGACAAGGAGGUGAAGAAGCUGCAGGACCUGGUGAAGAAGCUGGAGCUGCAAAACGAGCAGCUGCGGAUCCGGAGCGGCCGCGGAGCCAAGGCGGGGAUCGACACCGGACAGCUCCCCUCGCCCGGCCGAGCACCGGCGCCCGUUGGCUGCGUCGGCGACGGGUUCGAUGUGCAGCUGAGCCCAGGCGACCCGUUACUGAGCGAAUACGAGGCUUUGUUCACCGGAGACGGCACGGUCACUGGCUGCUGGCUGCGUUCUCCGGGUGGCGCCGACGAGCAGCAACAGUCCGUGUUGCUGGAGGACGAUGUCCUCGACCUCGACCCGGAUCCAUCCGCCGUGGAGGAGGAUAGUUGGUUAUAUGUUUCACCAAAGAAGACAGCAACAACAGACCGAGACCCAAAGGUGCAAAAUCCUCUGAAAUGGUGCAGACAGGUGCUCGAUCAUCCUAGCCCAGAAACUGAAGCCGCCUGCCGCAGUCUUAUGUGCCGACUUGAUCAAGCCAACAGAUGGAGAAACAUCUAUUGCACUCCGUUUUCCUCAUCCUGUGCUUAUAGCUCCAAUACAGAUGUCUCUUCGUGUAGCAAUCUCUUAAACUCUACUGGUUUCCUCAAAGCAUCUACUAAAACAGUACUAACCUAUGGCAGUUCAGGUUAUCCAUCCAUUCCCUCAGCACUAAGUUCCCAGUCGUCCAUUGAUAGUGAACUAAGCACUUCUGAUGACUCUAUCUCCAUGGGUUAUAAGUUGCAAGAUUUGACAGAUGUCCAGAUCAUGGCUCGAUUGCAAGAAGAAAGUCUUCGUCAGGACUAUGCCUCCAGUUCGGCAUCAGCUUCUCGCCGUAGUUCCAGUGCCUCUCUAAAUUCCUUGAGAAGAGGUACCUAUAGUGAUCAGGAGUUUGACACUUACAGUCUAGAUGAUGAAGAUGAGUAUGAUUACUCUUUAUCUCAACGCAGCGUGCACAGAUACUCCCCUUCACCACGAAACUCACCUCGAUCACAAUCUCCAGUUAGAGGAGCAGCAACUCCAGGAAGGGUUCGGCCAUCGCGACGCUGUUUGCAGGGUCGUGUAUCUGAACUGAUGAAUUAUACAAAAAAUCAAGAGGAAAUGCGUCGUAGUAUGCCCAAUCUGGCCAAAACUGGAAUUCGAUGCUCUGAUUCUGGUAGGAGCAGUCGAAGCUUUGAAUCUAAUUUGCAAAUGCCCAACAGUCGAAUCUCAAGGUUGCAACAGUCUCCAGCAGGUACACCUACUGGAAAGCUCAGGUUUACUGGUAAUGGCAAUCAGACUUCGUUCUCUAACAGACAGCCAGUGAAAGCAAUUGCUAAUAGUAACUCUCCCUUAACAACAAGGCAUUCAGUGAAACCGACAGGAUACCCAGGCUCUGUGAGUACUGUUCGUCGAAUCCAGUCUCCCACUUGUUCAGGCACUUCAACCGGUAUUGCCUCCGCCGGAAGGUCUUCCAGUUCAACACCUGUAGCAAGGAGCAUCCCAACGAGAUCACGAGUUACUUGCACUGCCACAACCACCGUCUCCAAGAGCAAACUCUUGCAGCCUGCUCGGAGAACUCUGCAACUACCGAAGACGCACAGUACUGUGACAGAAGAGAAAUGGAAAGAAGGCUGUUACUGAAGAAGGCGCAAAGUUUUGCAAACUUCUGGCAUUUGAAAGCCCAGCUGGCUGGGCCAACUUCAAAUAAACAGGAGAGCAAAGUCCAGUUUCUGAAAAUGGAACUAUUUUGUAAAGAUAGGUUUUAAAUAUUAGUGGCAAAAUGUUCCAGGGUUUUGAUUCCAGGGUUCGUGUUGAUUGUAUCGUCAGCCCAGUUGUGUAAAGCCAGGUUGUGCCAUUAGGUACCUUAAAUUUACUAGUUUACGUAUUUAUGCAUUGCAACCCCAAACUGACGUAGAACAUGAAGGUGGAAUUAUGUAAAAGAUCUUUAGCAAAAGCUAUCACAUUUUGCCUUGAUGCUUUUAUUGUCUUAAAAUCUUUUUACAUUCCUAUUUUAAAUGAGAGCGUAUCACAAAAUGGGAACAAUGCUUGGAGUAUUUGAAGAUUCCUUUGCUUGACUAUGUUCCUAAGUUUAUAAUUAAUGUAAAGUUUUCAAUAAAGUGACAUUUUGUGUUAAUGUUGCCAUCAGGAUAAACUGCAUGGACAGCUCGACUCCUGUUCCCCACAAGCGGCUGUGCAAGCAACCACCACAAUGUUGAAGGGUACUUACAUGCUUACAAUGUCACAGUGUGGAGAAAGCUGUUGACUACAUUUCUAAAUACAGAGAUUUAUCUGUGGUGAAAUCUUGAAAGACGGCACUCAUUAGGACAAAUGUGAUGUAGUAUUUCCUAGUGUUACAUAAACAUUAAUCAGCUGUAACUGUACCACAGGCUUCCAAACUCACAGCAUGACUGAACUGUGGAGUGUCUGCUUAAAAUGAUUUUGUUCUGAAUUUAGGGGACCAAUCUGUCUGGGCCAUUAUUUCUCACUUCCGGGCUGUUAACUAUUUUGUUAGAGCAGAAGUUAAAUUUGUCAGCAGUUUUACUACUGUAGACAUGUGUUGUAUAUAGAGCAAAAAGUGGCUUUGUAUCACAUUCUGAAUUUUCAAUUCAAGAGCAAAUUGCACCAGGAUCACUCGUUAUCUAAAACCAACUUGAGGACGGGCCAACAAAUUCAAUUUAUGGGUCUUAUUAUUUCACUAUGAAAUUGAAAUUAAAUUUAUUGAGUCCUUAUUGUUUACUAUGGCAGACUGAGGUAACGUGCUUAAAUGUUUGCCUGUUUACCUGAGGUAAACUGUAUCAAUCAUCAUUUGAGUCUGUUGGAAUUGUGCUAGUUUGGCUCAUUUGAAUUAUUCUGUUUAGUUAGAAAAUUUCUCUGCCACUUUCACUUCUUUGUACCACUUUACGUGCCGUCAUGUUUUAGUUAAAGCUUUUGCAGAACAGUCUCUUGAUCAAAGCUCUACUCGUCACUUUCUUCCUCCUGCAGCCAUAGGCUUGUUUGUUCAACCUUUUUAAAAUUAAUAAAUAUUGAAAAGUUACAAUAUUUUAUGAAAAGCACUGUAGGUAUGUACAAGACACCAAGUCAUUGCUGCAGGCAAAUAUUUCUGCAUUUUGCUUCAGAUUUUAUUCUGAGGAAAAUGUGUGUUGUAGAAGUAUAUAGUUCGAUGGAAUGAGUGACUUUUAUUUAAUCAGCAUGACAUGUUCACACUCAAUUCCCCUAGUUGGAUUUGGAGGGUAGACCACCCCAAUUGCACCAUCUUGGGUUAAAGAAAAAUUUCAGAAGUAGAAAGAUUAGUUGCAAACUGAUAGGAUUGUACGAUUCAGUCUUCAAAUGUUUCAUGUACAACAACACUGAGUUAGUAAUAGUCUGUGCUGUGUUGUGGGUUUUACUAUUACUGUCUUCAAGCAGCUGAUUUACAUGACCAAUUUUUAUUUUAUUUUAGUUCUUACAGGACGUUACUGAAGGAUCUUUGAAUUUGCGUAUCGCGGAGUCUUUAUAAGAUGGUGUUAAGUCUGAUUUUUAUUCAGUUGUACACCAGCAUGAAGUCGUGUUUUUUCUUUCUUCACUUUGCUUGCAAUAAUGGGGUAAUAAAUGUAAAAGGCAUUCAAUGAA